AUGGCUGAGGACGCGAACGCCGCGGGCGGUUCGGUGCUCGUCGCCGAGGUGCUCCGCCAACGCGCGGUGCGCGAGCGAGCGCGUUGGGAGGAGUUCAACCGGCGCGCGCGGGAGGAGGAGGAGGAGGGCGCGGAGCGCGGGAGGACGCGCCGGGCGCCCGCUCGCGGUGGCGACAAUGGCGACGACGACUCUCGAGCGGCCGGGGCGCGGAACGACGAGGUGGACGAGACGCCGACGGCGGCGACGGUCGCGCGAACGGAACCGACGGAUGGGGACGACGACGACGACGACGAACCCAUGUGUCGCAUCUGCUUCGGCGGCGAGGAGGACGGCGCGAAGGGCGCCGAUCGACUCUUCGCCCCGUGCCAGUGUCGCGGGUCGCAGGGCCUCGUCCACGUCCGAUGCCUGAACCAGUGGCGCGCGCGGUCGCGGAACAACGCGUCGUACUUCGAGUGCAACACGUGCCACUACAGGUACCACCUGGAGCGCGCCGCGUGGGCGGGGCGCCUGGAGGACCCGCGCGUACUCGCGGCGACGUCCGGAUGCCUCGUGUUCUUCGCGGUGCUCUCCGUGGGCAUCUUCGUCCGGUUGGCGGCGACCCGGGUGCUCGUUCCCCUCUUCGCGCGCCUCGCCGCCGUCGCCAAACGCGCGGGCGUCCCCCACGGCGCGGUGGUAGACGCCUUCGCGAACCUGGGCAACCCGCGUCCGAGCCACAGCUGGCGCGAUUCCGUCCGAGCCGCGUACGAAGCGUGCACAGCUGGCAAAAAAGCUAAAAGUCUUACAUGCGAUUCGCCCGCCCUUCGGUCGUCGCUGAUGGAGGCGCACAGGGUGGUCACCCGCGCGGUCGCGCUCGUCGACGCGUCGCCGCUGCACUUGGAGUUUGCGUUCUACCGCGUCGUGGAGUGGCUGCCGCCGUGGUGGUGCGUCGGCGCGCUCGACGGGUGGAACGAUCACUUCCGUAACGGCAUAACGAUCGACCAGCUCGUCGGCGGCUCUGCUGGCGGCGGCGGUUCUUCGUCAGCCGACGUCGGCUCGUGGCGUCGUCGGUGGUGGUGGUGGUCGCCGCGUCACUGCGCCGGUGACGUCGCGGACGCGUUGGACACCGUCGUGGCGGGGCUCGUGGUGUUGGGUUUCACCGCGUUUGGGUGGAACCUCGGACGGCGGCUUCGGGGAAACUUCCGGUUUAAUUUCGAGCACCUGCUGCUGCCGCUGGCGAUGAUGGUCUCGAGCCACGGCGCGCGGACGGCGAGGCUGAUCGUGCCCCUCGGGGUGAUGGGCGGGUACUACGAGGUGUACCGCGCCGUGCGGGUGUGGAGCAAGGAGCUGCUGACGCGGUUCGGGGAGCGCGUGCUCGAGGUCAGGCCGCGCCCGGGGUGAUGA